AAAGAAGUAGCUAGAGAGGUAGGCUAGUGAUUUGCAGCUAUAUAAAGAGUAGACAAUGAUCAAGUAAAUUAAGCAUCUACAAUCUAAUAUAAGUAUAUAAUGGCAGGGUUACCGGAUAAGCUGAUUGCGCAGGUGGCGUUUAAGGCCGGAGGCGACGUGUUUCAUCAUCUCAUGUCGAAGAACCCUAAACACUUUGCCACAGUCUGCUCUUCCAAAGUGAAGGCAUGCGAGGUCCAGCAAGGAGAGUUUGGAACUUGUGGUUCUGUUAUUCAGUGGAACUACGUGUUUGAGGGGAAAGAUCAAACCGCAAAACAAGUGAUAGAGGUAGAUGAGGUGAAGAAGCAAGUUACAUACAAAAUGAUCUCAGGAGAUUUGCUGGAGCUGUAUAAGAACAUGGUUAUAACCUAUCAUGUUGAGAGCAGAGGAGGAGUCGACUUCAUCACAUGGACCAUUGAUUAUGAGCUCAUCAAUGCCGAUACUCCGCACCCAACUUCGCUCUUGAACUUCUUCAUUGAGUUCACUAAGGAAACAGAGGCUCAUAUAUUCGGAUAAAUGUUAUAGUAUAUUACAUCAAUCCCUCAACUUAUUUUUCUUUAUUUAAUAAUCAUCUAUUAGCAUCUAUAGGUUUGAUGAUGGUGCUAAAAAAAGAUGCGUGUCUUGAGAAUAAACGAGGGAAUAUUGGUGAUGUUGUGAUUUUUCUUUAUGUUUAAUUCUAGCUAUUAAAAUUUCUCUUUCUAAUGUAUUUUUUUGAGUUAAUAUAUAAAAAUGUCCACUUUCAUAUUGUAAAA